ACUUGUUUUGUGUGAACCUAAUGAGAUUUAGUUUGCUGAAUGCGAUUUGAUGUGGGACAGCAGAACCGUGUAGUUGUGGAAACUGAAAUCUAUGAUCAAACUAGUAAUCCUUAUUACAGUUUUCAAAUGAGUGAGAUGAGUAAAAUGUCUUAACUGCUUCUCAUUUUGUUGGCUCUUCCCACGAAAGAGAGACUUCACCGACUAAAUUAAUUCUUUAAUUAAAGUUCUAGAGUAAAAACCUGUAAGAACUGGACUUUUGACGCAAGUAGUAACGCCUAGUGCAGUACAGAGCCCACUCUGUGUGAGUGACAAGCCCGGCACCACGGCCGCCCACUCACAGACAAGCUGGGUGACUCUUAAUUGUGUAACGUUCAUUGACGAGUCAGCACAAUGCUGCUGAGACCGCGGAGGCGCACUGAGCCGAGCAGAGCAAUGAAAUGCUCCCAUCGAGGAGAACACAGAUGGAUAGCCUAGUUCAGCCACUCGUUGCCCAGUAUCUCGCUAUGGGAUGCCAAUCAAAAGAAAACAACCCAAACGAAAGCGUAACGUCGGAAGAAAAGGGAAAGCACGAUGCGAGAGUGACUCCAGGAUGCAGCUCCAGGUCUAGAGUUUCUCCUCCAGGCCGUCCUCAGAGGUUCCACAAACCCAGCCCGGCCCAAACCGUCCCCAGUAAACCCAUGAUGUCCCUGGGUCCCCUCACCAAAGGCGGGAGCUGGGAGGAGCUCAUCCAGGCCUGUCUGCAAUCCUUCGACUCAGAUGGUGGUGUUUGUGGGAGCAGCCACCUGUUGAACAUCACCCUGACCAUGCACCGUAUCCACAUCUCCUCCAGUGAUCUGCUGGACAAACUCACCGCUCUAUUUAAAAUGGCGCUGGACAAUGAGCAGCCAACAGAGUGCCAGAGGAUAUGCUACCUCAUCAGGCAUUGGAUCCAAGAAUUCUGGAUGAUGUUCCGGUUGCACCACAGCUUGUCCGACAGCCUGGACCAGUUCCGGGAGCUGAUCAGUGAGCAGGGACAGGAGCAUCUUUGCUCUCUCCUAGAGACCAAAUGGAUAAAUGAACGGGACUGGUCGUGGAAGGCCAGCCAGAAGAUCAAAGCUAACAGCAGUAAAAAGAGGAAGGUUUCUCUUCUUUUUGAUCACCUGGAGCCCAUUGAGCUGGCAGAGCAUCUUACCUUCCUGGAAUUCAAGUCUUUCUGCAGGAUAUCAUUUGUAGACUAUCAGAAUUACAUUCGAAGCUGCUGCAUGAAGGACAUCCCCGUGAUGGAGCGUUCCAUUGCCCUGUGUAAUGGUAUCUCCCAGUGGGUUCAGCUGAUGGUGCUGAGCAGGCCGACCGCUCAGCUGAGAGCUGAGGUUUUCACAAAGUUUAUCCAUGUGGCACAGAGUCUACAUCUUAUGCACAAUUACAACACACUAAUGGCAGUGGUGGGAGGGCUUUGUCACAGCUCGAUUUCCAGACUGAAGGACACCACCUCACUUGUACCCAGUGAAGUCACCAAGGUACUGAACGAGAUGACAGACCUGCUGUCCUCUUGCAGAAACUAUGACAACUAUAGACAAGCUUACAACAGGUGUACAGGUUUUAAAAUCCCUAUCAUGGGGGUCCACCUCAAAGAUCUGAUUUCUGUUAAUGAGGCCAUGUCAGACUAUGUGGAGGACAACAAGGUGAAUGUCCAGAAGCUUCAGGCACUCUACAGCCACAUUAAUGAGCUGAUCCAGCUCCAGCAAAUCCCUCCUAGGCUGGACGCUAACAAGGACCUGGUCCAUCUGCUGACGCUGUCCUUGGACCUUUACUACACUGAGGAUGAGAUCUAUGAACUGUCAUACACCAGAGAACCCAAGAACUGUAAAGCACUUCCAGCCACGCCCUCUAGACCUCCAGUUGUUGUGGACUGGGCACCAGGAGUGGCUCCUAAACCUGACCCCCGAACUAUCAGCAAACAUGUGCAGAGAAUGGUGGACUCUGUGUUUAAGAACUACGAUCACGACGAGAACGGCUUCAUUUCUCAAGUGGAAUUUGAGAAAAUUGCUGCUAGCUUUCCGUUUUCCUUCUGUGUCAUGGACAAAGAGAAGGAAGGCCUCAUCAGCAGAGAGGAGAUCACAGCCUAUUUCAUGCGGGCCAGUGUCAUCUGCUCCAAACUGGGUCUUGGUUUUGUCCACAACUUCCAGGAGACCACUUACAUGAAACCCACCUUCUGUGAUAACUGCUCAGGAUUUUUGUGGGGUGUCAUCAAGCAAGGCUACAGAUGCAAAGACUGCGGAAUGAACUGCCACAGGCUGUGCAAGGACCAGGUGGCAUUUGAGUGCAAGAAGAACGCCAAAGUGACCAACGCCAACGACAGUCCGACACUGAGCUCCACGCCUGUCACCAUGGGUACCUCAGAGGGUUCAGAAGAAUGUCCUUUCCCAUACCCACCAGAUGACAGUAAAGACUGGAGCCCAGACUCCCCAGUCACCUCCUAUUCAAGGCCUCAGAGAGUACAUUGUGGCACCCAGACCGAGGGACCCCAACUUUCCGCUGCAGCCCCUGAGUCCAGCCGCCUUCAGCCUUCUCUGCUGGUCCCAGCAGCACCCACCCUUACCUCAUGUCCCAGCCCGGUGCCACAGAGAAAACAGCGACACUGUGCCAAGUGGGAAAACAGAGCGUCUGUUGCGCAAAAGCCUAAAGAGCCAGAAGAGGAGAACAAACCCACCCAUGAAUCUCUAAAAUCAGACAACCAGAAGCUCCAUAGAGCCAAUGAGACACUACGUAGGAAGCUGAAGGAGGCAGAGCGGGAGGUGGAGAUGCUAAAGACACUGCUCAAAAGGCACACUCUCCACCCUGUGGAGGAAGACUCCUCCUCCUAGACACAUACACACACUGGACCUCCUCUAGGGAGACUGGUGCUGCCCCCCUAUGGCGGCAUGUAUAAAUCUGGAUCCAAUGUUUAAGUUAUUGGUCAUAAACAGUGCAAGUAUUUUACCAGUUUAACGACCCAGGCAAUUUGGUAUAAAGCAGGAUACAAUGCACCAAGCAGGUGAAGGUGUUUUAAUGCUAAUGGUACACAGUCAAUCAAAAAAAGCCGAUCAGUAUGUCACCAAUAAUGAGGUUAAAGAGACAUUUUUUAGAUGAACCCAGCUACAGUACAUACAGAAAUUACAGUAAAAAUACUGUAGUGUUAUAUCUGAAGAAGUUUCAAGUGAGCAGAAGGUAUUGUACAGUUCACAGAAGAAUGAAAAUCGUUGCAAUGCGCAUUUCUCACUUUCGUCAGUGAACCAUUAAGAAUGGUUGGAGUUGGAAUGAAGGCAGUAUUUUAGAGUGGAAAUAGGGCAGAAUUUGUUUGAUCAAUUGUUGAUCAAUAAUGAGACUAGAUAUUUAUGUUAAAUAUAAAAUGGAGAUCAGAGGAAAACAAGAAUUGUGUAUAUCACAGGUGCAUCAUUAUUAUUAUUAUUAUUAUUAUUAUUAUUACAAUAUAAUUAUUAUUAUUGAUAAAGGGGCUGUACUUGAAAUACUGAAAAAACUGCAGGCUGGGAUUGCCUUCACACAGCUCUCAUGGACUGUUCCCCAAUAUGUGAAAUACCCGAACCGUCGACGAAACAAAGAACAUAGAAGCUCAAAUUC